CAAGUUUAGAAGAUGCCACCCAAAGGAAAAAGUGGUUCUGGAAAAGGAGGAAAAGGGGGAGCAGCCUCUGGGAGUGACAGUUCUGACAAGAAGGCUCAGGGUCCCAAAGGUGGUGGCAAUGCAGUAAAGGUCAGACAUAUUCUAUGUGAAAAACACGGCAAAAUCAUGGAAGCCAUGGAAAAGUUAAAGUCUGGAAUGAGAUUCAACGAAGUGGCUGCACAAUAUAGUGAAGAUAAAGCCAGGCAAGGGGGCGACUUGGGUUGGAUGACCAGAGGGUCCAUGGUGGGACCUUUUCAAGAAGCAGCAUUUGCCUUGCCUGUAAGUGGGAUGGAUAAACCUGUGUUUACAGAUUCACCAGUGAAGUCAAAAUUUGGAUAUCAUAUUAUUAUGGUUGAAGGGAAAAAAUAAAUCAUAUGAAAGACUGAAAAA